GGCAUUUUGUUGAAUAUCGUCUUCCGAGGAGAAUUAUUAAUUCUUAUAAGACUACCGUAUAUUGAAGAUGCGUGUUUUAAUAUUUUCAUUAGCGAUAACCCUUAUGGGUUCCGCUCUCGGAGACGAAAUUCCUACUGAAGAUAAUGUACUUGUGCUAACAAAACCAAUAUUCGACAAUGUUAUUGCUUCGAACGACUUCGUUUUGGUUGAAUUCUAUGCACCAUGGUGCGGUCACUGCAAAUCCCUCGCACCAGAAUAUGCGAAGGCCGCUACAAAGCUCUUAGAAGAAGAAUCUCCUAUCAAGCUGGCUAAAGUAGAUGCCACUCAGGAACAAGACCUCGCCGAGUUUUACAAAGUCAAGGGAUACCCAACUCUAAUCUUCUUCAAGAAAGGACACACUGUUGAAUAUAGUGGUGGUCGCCAAGCUGACGAUAUCAUUGCGUGGCUGAAGAAGAAGACUGGCCCUCCUGCCAUUGAAGUGGCCUCAGCAGAACAAGCUAAGGAAGUCAUUGCUGCCAACAAUGUAGUCAUUUUCGGUUUCUUCCCCGACCAGGGAUCCGACAAGGCCGUCACAUUCUUGAACACGGCCGGCUUAGUUGACGAUCAAAUCUUUGCUGUAGUUACUGACGAAAAGGUUAUCGAGGAACUUGAAGCUCAACCUGAAGAUGUAAUCCUUUACAAGAACUUCGAAGACCCACGCGUGAAGUACGAAGGCAAAGCGUUCACCGAAGACGAUCUGAAAUCCUGGGUGUUUGUUCAAAGCAUGCCGACCAUUGUUGAGUUCUCUCACGAAACCGCAUCAAAGAUCUUCGGAGGACAAAUCAAGUACCACCUCCUCUUGUUCCUGUCCAAGUCCGCCGGUCACUUCGAGAAAUACAUCGAGGAGCUGAAGCCCGUCGCCAAGAACUACCGCGACAGGAUCAUGUCCGUCGCCAUCGACACCGACGAGGAUGACCACCAGAGGAUCCUCGAGUUCUUCGGCAUGAAAAAGGACGAAGUACCGUCAGCUCGCCUCAUCGCCCUGGAGCAAGACAUGGCCAAGUACAAACCCACCAGUGACGAGCUCAGCGCCAACUCUGUCGAGGAAUUCGUCCAAUCGUUCUUUGCGGGAACCCUGAAACAACACCUAUUAACCGAAGAACUGCCCGCUGACUGGGCAGCUAAGCCUGUUAAAGUACUCGUCGCUUCCAACUUCGAUGAGGUCGUCUUUGACCCCACAAAGAAGGUUCUAGUCGAGUUUUACGCCCCAUGGUGCGGUCACUGCAAGCAGCUAGUCCCGAUCUACGAUAAACUAGGCGAGCACUUCGAGAAAGAUGAGGACGUCGUCAUCGCCAAGAUCGAUGCCACCGCCAAUGAGCUGGAGCACACCAAGAUCACAUCCUUCCCCACCAUCAAGUUCUACGGAAAGGACAAUCAGGUGCGCGAGUACACGGGCGAGCGCACGCUGGCCGCGCUCACGCAGUUCGUGGAGAGCGGCGGCGACGCGCCCGCGCCCGCUGCGAGCGAAGACGAAGAGGAAGAAGACACAGCGUCAAGAGACGAAUUAUAAGCGCACUUCCACUAUCAUAGGUGUCGUACUGCGUAGAUAUUUUUAAAAUACUUACUAUUCCGGCUCCGGUCAUACUGCGAGACUCCUUAUAACAAACAACCUUUAUCAUUUUUGGAAAUGUACUUUUAGAAUGUAAGAUAGUCUUCAGUGUGAGGUGGCCUUCGAACUAAUUUGCAUUUCCUCCGCUCGACUGUAAAUUUUUAUUGUUAGGGUUGUAACGAAUAUAAGAAUGUUUUUAUUUAACUUUGCAACACGUACCAUAGUUUAUAUGUAACCUUUUCUACUUAUGAAUUUUGAUAUUUUUUUAACAAUACUCCUUUGGUCGAUUUGAAAUUUCAGGACCUAAUGGGAUUUAAUUUAUGAAAAUCGCAUAAUUUAUUUCAAACAGCAGCAUAACUAGUUUAUGUAGUUAUGUAUGUUAAGUGAAUCUAUUUAUAAUUUCUGUAUCAUAAUAGUGUUUCGUUUCUCACAUUCCUUUGUUGGUUGAGUUUAAUCGAACAAGUUUAGUCGUCGCUAGGAGUAAAUUGUUUUUUUUUUUACGUUUUGUAACAUAUUUCUUAAAUAUAUCCUGUUCAUCACAAAAAAUAUUUUUAAGACGAAAUUGUUAUAACAGUUUUUAUUAUAUUUUUGUAAGAAUUUUUAUUUUAUCCUUAAAUUGAAAAGUUUAAUGAGGUGAUUUUAUAAAUUGAAAUCUAUUUUCGUAUUUCCUAGAAAGUACUGUUUCUGCAUUUGUCUAACUAGUAAUGUAUUACCUUGAUGAUAUCUCAAUGUAAUUGCCAAAACCCCACUUAUGUAUCUGUUGGAUACAGAAAUUGAUAAAUAAAUAUAAUAUAAAUAUA